AUGUACGUCAGACCCAUACUGGAGUAUGCUUUUCAAGCCUGGAGCCCUUACUUUGCCAAGGACAUAGAUAUGCUGGAGAAGGUGCAACGGAGUUUCACGAAAUUACCAAGGCAACUUAAGAACAAACCAUAUGAGGAGAGACUGAAGGAACUGAAGCUCACUACUCUUAAGCACCGCAGAGAACGUGGAGACCUAAUAGAGACGUAUAAAAUACUCUCUGGGCACUAUGACCUCAAGGAUUUUCAUGAAAUGUUCAAGCGCAACAACAACACCCGUCUGAGAGGUCAUCACUUAAAGUUAGAAAGGCAUAAGUCCCACAGUAACCCAUACAAACACUUUUUGAGCAACCGAGUAGUGAGGGCUUGGAACAAACUUCCUGAAGAUGUGGUCUCAGCACAAAAUGUGAACCAAUUUAAGAAUCAACUAGACAAGCACACCUAUACAUCUACUUGUCAAUGA